AUGAGAGAGAGCGUAGGCAGCCGAAGCACUAAUGACAAGUUUUGUUCCCCUUUUUUGUCUCCUUCAAAUAUGCAGGUUAAGAUUGCGAGAGCUGAAGAUGGCUUUUAGGGUGCAAUCAUUUGAAUACUGAAGGACCUCGCUGGGCUUUUCUCUUUGACCGAAUCACAUGAUGACACAGGAAACUUGAACACAAUUCUCAUUUAAGAGGAGCCCAGCAUUGUUGUGGUGAUCCGGCUGGCUAAGUCAUCAUUGCCUUCAUAAAUUUUGCUAUGUGUGGAUUUUUUCAUUACCCUUUGUUAGCUAUCUCUCUCACACUCUGUCUCCCUCUCUGGCUCACUCCCAGUUUCUCUUGCCUACAACAGCGUAGUGACAAGAUCUGCACGUUGCAGAAUUCCACUGAUUGGAGAGAAAGCCAACGGGAAAAAUGAGAUCAAAGUUCACUGACAGGCUGCAGCAACAAGGUACGCUGUAAAAAGUCAGUGGGACAAAAUAACCAGCCGCGUUCUGGCACCGGAAGAACGACGUGUCCGGGAACUUUUUUGGGCUCCGGUCGACUCGUACCUCUGCGAUUGUGUGCGGGAGGCUUGGUUGCGAGACAAGACCAAUCAUUUGUCUUGAUACCCUGCACUGAGAGCAGGCAAACUGAGGGGGACGGAACGAACAAACCCCUCUAUCAAGACCUGAUCUAUUUCCCCAAACAAUUUUGUGUAUUCAUGAGGUUACGCAAAUGUGGAGGCAGCAAAAUUACCGUAAUCAAUUGAAACAGCCAGUGCGCAUCCAUGGCUCUGAUUAUUUGGAGAUCAUCUAUCAGCCUGAUGGCUGUGUAACGAGGAAAGGGGGGCAUUGAAUUACUAUUGAGAUUUACUGAGAAGUCCAUGAUCAUUGGGCAAGGGAGUUUGGUCAGUGAUAAUAGGACUCCUUGGUCUGGCGGCGGCGGAAGUAUUUCUCCAAACAUUAGAUAGCUGACUCUGCACUGCUGAAAGGUGCUGUUUUGAAACUAAAACCCACAGUGUCCGGACAGGCUGGUGAGCUGCAUUCUCCAUAAUCUCCUUUCCCCCCCACCUGACAAAGGAAAAUCAGAGGUGGACGAGCGGCGGCUCUAAGAGGAUAAACUGAGCAUGGAGGUCAGAUACAACCAAGAGACUGAAGGGAUGGUGCUGAAGAAUGGACUAAAGGAGGGGAAAGAUGGCAAGGACUCCCAGGGCAGCCUGACCAAAAGCUUCCUCAAGGACCAGCAGGACUCCUUUGCCCCCUCCGGUACCGUGGACACUUGUGACAAGAACAGGGGGAGCACAGGAGACCCAGACUACUGUCGGAGAAUACUUGUUCGAGAUGCUAAAGGCUCCAUAAGAGAAAUCAUCCUGCCCAAAGGUUUGGACUUGGACCGGCCGAAGCGUACCCGCACCUCCUUCACUGCAGAGCAGCUCUACCGUUUAGAGAUGGAGUUUCAGAGGUGCCAGUAUGUGGUUGGAAGGGAACGCACAGAAUUGGCCCGUCAGCUCAACCUCUCUGAAACUCAGGUGAAAGUCUGGUUCCAGAACCGCCGUACUAAGCAGAAGAAGGACCAGGGGAAGGACUCUGAGCUGCGUUCGGUAGUUUCAGAAACAGCAGCCACCUGCAGUGUCCUCAGACUGCUGGAGCAGGGCCGGCUGCUGACGCCUCCCGGCCUGCCGGGCCUCCUGCCUCAUUGCGGCGGCGGCACUCUGGGCUCUGCCCUGCGGCCGCCCUCCAUGGCCAUGGCCAGCAACGGCAGCAGUAGCAGCAGCAGUAGCGGAGGAAGCACCGGUACAGCAGGCGGCAGCCCCCCGCUACCCGCCGUCACCAGCUCAGGGACAGUGGCAAGCUUGCAAAGCUCACCGGCAGCUCACAGCCUUUUCAGCUUCCCUAUGCCCUCCUUACUCAGUGGCGUCGCCACCCGCAUUUCCUCCAACCCCCUCUCCAUGGCGGGCUCCCUGGCUGGAAACCUGCAGGAACUUUCUGCUCGCUACCUGAGUUCCUCUGCCUUUGAGCCUUACUCGCGGACCAAUGGCAAAGAAUCCAUGGACAAGAAAAUCCUGGAAUAAUGUUUUUACAUAGACGGAGUCCUGUUUCCUCAGGACACGUGCCGGUUAUUUUCCUUGGCUGUUAUUGUCAUUUUCUGGUUUCGAGCUGUCUCUUCAUCUGUCUGUGUCAUGUUUUGUAGCAGUUCAUGUAUUCCAGUUGCGCAUCUGGCGCCUUGUACAAGGAAGCAAACAUAAGCUCGUCUUAACAAAGAAAAGGUGGCAGUGGGGAGAUUUUGCACAAGAAGUUCAUAAAGGACUUUAUAAAAGAGAAUUAGAGAGAUAUACACUGAGGAGAGUACUAACAGAUGUCUUUCUGUUAAUAAACAAAUAUUUAGUCCAAAAACCAACUAUAUACUGAAGCGCGUAGAGAAUACAGCUGCUAAUGUGGUGCAUACAGGCUACGGCAGGGCGCUGAAGACUGGUGACAGGAACUGUAAAGUUAUGGUGAUGUUGUUGAACUGUGUUCUUUGAUUGUGAUGGGUAGGUGCGUGUCAGAGCAGUGAGUAGAUAUAGACAAACAACAUGAGACGUCAAACACCUGAGCAGCAGUUUGUGUCAUCCUGAUAAUUCAGCGCUUUUAAAAUUUUACCUUAGCAAGGCCAAUUUCCUGAAAUAGAAUUAAAGAAGGGGUCGAGUGUGCGAUUACAGGCCAGAGUGAAACCCAGGCGAUCAGAGAUGCAGAUGUGUCAUAAGAGCAUCUUUUGUAAAUCUGUAUUAUCUUUGAACCAAAACAGAAUCCCGAACAAUGUCGUCAUACAGCAUGAGAGCUGUUCACACACACACACAUAUAUAUAAGUGUGUGUGUGUGACUGUAAUUCCACUACGAGUUCUCCAGGUUCUGGUGUACAGUUUCUGUUGCGUGUUGGAGCUGAGCACAGGUACGAGCUACUGAAAGGGAGAAAAGGCUUUUCAGCUGAAACUGUUUGCUUUGUUGAACGCUACAAGGUAACAGCUUUUUCAAUCAUUAAGACAACCUUUCCUGUGCAAAAUUUCUUAAAUCCACAGCCUUCAGAAAAGAUUAAGGCCGAUGAUUCUUGUGGAGACUGAAUGAAAUUAUUGUAGUACUCAAGUACUGGAAAUGCAAAAUGUACCUUAAAGUUGUUAUUUUAUUGUAAAUUAUUUACUUCUGUAAUUAAUAGAUUAUUAGUAUAUCUGGAAAAUAAUGAAUGAAUGAAUGUAUUAGCAGGGUUGAGGAUUCAAUCAAAAGCUCUUUGGUGCUGUUGUUGUGAAAUAUCUUGAAAUUUGUGAAACGUGUGGUUCAAAUGUUGAUAUAUAUUAUGUAUACGGCUGCAGACAAAGACAAGUGUGUUUUUUUUUCUUCCAUACAUGUUGCUAUAAAUUAAGUUAUGAUAAAUCUCAUGACUGUCAUACCUCCUCUACACGCGCCUGAUGUGAUGCUUGCUGAUGUUGUUCCCACUCAUCCUUUGACUGGAGGGAACAAAAGCUAUGAAGCAACACAGUGGACUAACGUGUUGCAGUGACAGUGUAAUUUUAUUAGGGCUGUACAGCUAUUUAUAUAAGCAAACGUUUUAUUAAUUUUGUACAAAAGAUAUCAGAAACGGUAGAAAAAACUGCCUUUUUUCCUUUUUCCAAACUCUAAAACAAUGAAAUCAACAAAGGCCGGAGCAGACGGCGGAGUCAGGAUCUUCUUGCUGCGAGGCAGCAGUGCUAACCGCUGUCCCACCAUGCUGCCCCGGCUCCUACGUUCUCCCUGUGGGUUCUCUCCGGGAUAAUGGUGCCAGUUCAGUUCAGACAUUCGUUUCACUUUUCACAAAUGUGAGUUUCUGUAUUUUCUGACUAAAAUCUACACAACAAAAGGAAACAGUUGACUAGAGCGUUCGUUUCCACAUCUGGUUCGCCCUUUUGUUUUCCUGUGAACUCGAAACAAUAACCUUUAGGGCUAGCAGCCAGUAUCCUGUUUUUCACCUGCUCCACCAUCUAAUGAGUCGGCUGGACGGGAGAGCUGCAGCGUUCACCCAGUCCUCCAAACACACUUUAACAAACUCCUCCUAAAAGUUUCUCUCAGUCUAAUUUCAAGUUAUUUUCAGUAAAUUUGAAGAAAACAAAAUUUGCAUAGAAUCGUGUUUUUAGUCAUUUAACACAUUUGCAUAAAUGAAUAUUAGAAAUAAAAGGAAAACUUCCAAA